CGCACAGACAUCACACUCUCUUUUCAACAUACCUUACAUAUCCUGAUCUCUAAUCUACUUGCAGAAUCACACGACUGGGAUCACACUAUCCCAGGACCAAGUCGUACAUUCUACACAGCACAAACCACUCCCGAUACAACCGACACCGCCAUUCUCCUUGUCCCCUUUCCCACUGCGGUCAAACAGAAUCGUUCAACAUGAACACAUACUCUUACAACCGUCCUUUCUCCCCUUCCUCUUUCUCCUAUCAACAACAACCUCAAAACAUUGACGAUCUGGUCUACCGAUAUUCUUCUGAAUUAGACAGGGGUGCACCCACAGAGGGUAUAUACGCCAGGGACGGGAUCUGGGACGACGACGAGGAAGAAGCAGAACAACAACAGUCAAAACGAGCGUCAACGAGCACCUUUGGCAGAAGAAAAACUUCAGGAGUCAAAGGACGUACCAGUGGAGCUAUGAGUAGUGUCACCGAUUCUCCACCUCCUAUACCUACCAUCGUCAAGGAAGAAGGUGGGUGGGGAUGGGGUAGGCGAUUGGGCACAGGAGAUAAGGAAAAGUCUAUCAAAGAGAAAAAGAGUUUCUCCAAACUACGAGGGAAAGGAAGACGAGGGGAAUUGAGUGUAGCUGUCAAUCUAGGGGACGAUUCUGACCGUCUACCAACCUCAUCAUCCACCCUACCGAGAACUUUAUCACCCACGACGUCAAUGACAAUCAUGACACCACCACUUCCUCAUGAAGGAGAUCAG